GACACUUAAUCUUUGACUCUGUAGUAGAAAAAAAACCAUCAAAGCGCAGGAGUGUGAAUUUGAAGGAGGGACUGCGAGGAUAAGAGAAGUUAGAAGUUCCUUGUUUCCAAACAGAGAAGUAAGAGAAGCAGCAUUAAACAUUAAGCCGUCAGAACCUCGAGAUGAAACUCUGUCACAUUUUCUUCUGCUCCAUCUUCCUCUACCUGCAGGAUGGAAACACUGGACUUGCCAACGCUGAAACUCUCGUCUAUGAAGGAGUGGAAGGAGGAAACAUCACAGUUAAAUGCACAUUUUAUAUCCCUGGAAGAAAAACAUUUUUCUGCAAAGAAAAAUGUGAAAAAGGAAACAUUCUCAUUGAAACAGCUGAUUACACAGCUCAGAGCGGCAGAUACAGCAUUGAAUAUGAUCAUUUCAUAACUCCUAUUGUGCACGUGAGCAUCACACAGCUGAACAAGUUGGAUUCAGGACGGUACAGCUGCGCACUGGACACGAGUUUUCAACCAUGUGAUUUCCAGCUUGUCAUCACAGGAGCUUCAGACACUCCAACACCUCAUCAGCCUUUAUCAACAUCAACGUUUCUCCUGUCGGCCUCCACAACAACAACAGCAACAACACAGCAUGUGAACGUCAGUUCAGGAAGCUUCACAUCUUCAUCAGCCUCCUCUGAAAUCUCCAGACAGCCUCAAACAGCUGCAGGUUCAGAUAAGCUGCUUCAUGUGACUCUGAUUCUGGUCGCUAUGAUCACCAUCUUAUCAGCAGCUUUGCUGAUUUUCUACAAAAACAGGAAGAAUAAACCAAAAGGAUCUUCUAUGAAAACUGAACAUGCUGACAUCACACAGGCCAACUGGCUUUAUGGAAACAUCACAGAGGAUGAAGCUCAGAACCGUGUAACUCCUGUGCGGGUGUCUUCAGUUUAUGACUACCCCGAAGGCUCGCAACCAGAUGGAGUUGAAAACCAAGAGCUCUACAGCCUCGUCACCGCUCCUCAGAACACAGCUACAGAUGACAUGAAUGAUGCUGAUUACACUGAAGUGGAUUUUUCCCACAUUCCUUCCUCCAAUAGCGCCCCCUGUGGUAAUAUAUGUGACACUGUCUACUGUACACCUGCGAUUUAUGCCAAUCACCCCAACGUUGGUUCACCUCCUCUGUACUCUACUGUUGAAAUACAUUAGAUCUAAUGCUGUGGAUGGCACCUCAGUAGUCAGCAGGUGAACAUAAUUAGCCUUGGAUAAAUGCAAUGUUUUAUGAUAGUUACUCAUUAUUUAGCUUAAAAGAUAACUAAUUCACUUUUUUUUUCAAACUAUGGUAUUUCCCAAUAAUGUUAUUGUCAUAAUUGACAGACAAUUACAUAAAAUCAUAAUAUUAGUGCUAGCUGGCGUUAGCCAGUACAAUUCCGGCCACCUUUUUGUUCAAAUAUGGCCACUUGUGUUUACAGAAAAGAGAAUAAUGCAUCAUUAAAGACCUCAAAAAGCUGGUCCAACUUUUUAUUUAAAAAAAAUACUCUCUGUGAAGUUGUCUCUGUCUGUUACUCGAUAUAAAUGGUAAAUGGCCUGUAUUUGUAUAGCGCUUUAC